AAGUUUGAGCGCAGUUCAACUGCGGCUUUACGAUGUGCUCCGUGAUUGUCUGGACGGUAUGAAUAACAUGACCCGAAAAAUCUGCCGUCGGUUUCCUCACUCCGCUCGGGAUAAUUCAGCGCUGUGGAGGGCUUUAAUAAAUGGACUCUAACGGACAACUGGACUUCAAUUCAUCGUUUCCCUUCGCCCGGUGUCAAACGAAUGGCAAACGUGAAAGUCGCGGUUCGAGUCCGUCCGCUGAACACCAGGGAGAGUCUGGAUGGAGGACGGUUAGCUGUGCAAGUGGAAGACAAAGCGGUGAGGGUCCGAAAUGUGAAGUUGGAGGGGCGAUUGGACGGGCGAUCAGAAGGUCUGCCUGACUCCAGGGAGAAGUUUAUGGAGUUCGGGUUUGACUUCUGCUACUGGUCCGUGGAUCCAGCGGCUCCCAACUAUGCGUCACAGGAGGAGGUGUUUCAAGACCUGGGGGUGUGUGUCCUGUCUGGAGCUUCAGAGGGGUAUAACGUGUGUCUGUUUGCGUAUGGACAGACGGGCUCAGGGAAAACUUACACCAUGAUGGGCACUCCAGACUCCAUUGGACUGACACCAAGGAUCUGUCAAGGACUUUUUAGGUCCGGAGUUGAGUCUGCAGAUGGACAGAGCUGUAGAGUUGAAAUAAGUUUUUUAGAGAUCUAUAACGAGCGUGUGCGUGAUCUCCUGAGAGGUGCGGAGCAGAAGAAGCCAGCACCCCUGAGGGUUCGAGAACAUCCAGAGAAGGGGCCCUAUGUGCAGGGUCUCUCUCAGCAUGUAGUGACUGACUACAAACAAGCAGUGGAUCUGCUUGAGGAGGGCAUCGCUAACCGCAUCACAGCCGCUACACACGUCCAUGACGCUAGCAGCCGAUCUCAUGCCAUCUUUACCAUUCAGUACACACAGGCUAUCUUAGAAAAUAACCUUCCCUCAGAAAUAGUGAGCAAGAUCAACUUGGUGGACCUGGCUGGCAGCGAACGAGCCGACCCUCAAUACUGCAGAGACAGAAUAACAGAAGGCGCCAACAUCAACAAAUCUCUCGUCACCCUCGGCAUCGUCAUCUCCGCUCUUGCCCAAAACUCUCAGAUGUUCAGCAGCAGCCAGAGCAUUAACAGCGUGCUCAGUGAGGGUGAAGGGAGCACUGUGGGCAGUCAGUCCAGCUCUCUGUCGGGGGGCGGGCGCAGACAAUGCUUCAUUCCCUACAGGGACUCUGUCCUCACCUGGCUUCUCAAAGACAGUCUGGGCGGCAACUCCAAAACCAUCAUGAUUGCAACUGUCUCACCGUCCAGCAGCAGCUACAAUGAGACUCUGAGCACCCUUCGUUAUGCAGCUCACGCCAGGAACAUCGUCAACAAGCCCCGAGUCAAUGAGGAUGCCAACGUGAGGUUGAUCAGAGAACUGCGAGAGGAAAUCGAUCGUCUGAAGAGCAUGCUGCUCGGCUUUGAAAUGCAAAGGAAUCUCAGUCCAUCUCUAAGUGAUGAGAGAGAAGGUAGCUUGUCUGAUAUAGUCCUACAGAAUGAACUGAAGGUGGAGCAGCUGACGAAGGACUGGUCUGACAGUUGGCAUGAUAAGCGAGCCUUGUUGGAGCGCUACAGUGUGGACAUUAACCAGGACCGAGCAGGAGUCCUCAUUCACUCACUCAUGCCCCACCUGAUCGCUCUAGAGCCAGACGUCCUCAGCACAGGGGUCACCAUCUACCACCUUCGGGAAGGGGUAACAAGAAUCGGGCCUCAGGAUGACAAUCUGGAUGAGCCUCACAUAGUCUUGCCAGAAGGUUCCUCUUGCGAGAUUGAGAAUAAGAGUGGGGUGGUGACUCUGAAGCCGGUCUCAGGGAACAUCUGCAUGGUCAAUGAAAGAGAGCUCAAGGAGCCCUGCAGACUUGCACAAGGUGCAGUGAUUACAUUAGGUGGGCUCCAUAAGUUCAGGUUCAACCACCCUGCAGAGGCGGCUAUUCUGAGGGAGAGAAGACGGACCAGUGAUGGAGGUCUGGUCUUCAACUCUGCAGAGCUCAACGCAUCCAGUUCUGACAUAAGGGUUGCAGGAGCAGGUUGUCAUGAGAACAGCAAUGGGACGGCUCCCAUUCAGCGACUAGAGGAGCAGCAGUGGUACAUAGAGUGUCUACGAGAGGAGAUUCAGAUGGAGCAGAAAAGAGCGGAGCGAGAUUUGGAAAGGGAGCAGGCACGUCUCCGACAGCAGCAUACUGAGAUCAAGCAGUGGAUCGUGCAAGAAAAGCAACGGCUUGAAACCCACAGGGAAAAGAGAACAUUGGAGUCAGGGGUUCAGACGGAUGUCAUACUUCAUAGUGGAGUAUCAAGUCAGAUGACUGAGGAACAAGUUAGUGUUGAAAGAGCCCCACCAUCACCUUUAAUGGGUGACAGGAAAAGAGUGGUGCAGGAGGAGCUGCUGAAGCACCAUGCAUUGCGCAGAGCUGAGAACCGUGUGCGCCGCAAAAGGUUACAUUAUCAGCUGGAGAAGAUUGCACGAAAGCGUCAUCUGUUGGAGGCAAAGCGGGAGCUGCAGAGGCUAGAAAAAGAGCUUUUUGAAGGGGGUGAUGAAGCCUCAUCUCCAGACCUAGGCUACCCCUCAAAGUCAAGGAGACGUCCUUUACGAAGGCAUUCAUUUUCUGCUGAUCUGCUGUCCCGACUGUACCCCCAGCACACUCCUAUUUUCAGCCAGUUCCUCAAAAGGAAUAGAUCUUCUGACUUUACAGCGUCUCUAUCUGGCUUUGCUUGUGCCACUAAAUGGGAGUCUGAUGAAUGUCUCAGAGAUCAAAAGAUUAGAAGACGUUCCAAUACAAUGCCCUCAAGAUAUGACCAAGGAUCCUUAAGUUUGGCCAGUUUUUCUGACAGCAUCAAAAUUCCCAUAAAAAAUGCAACUGAAGCUACAAAAUUAAAAAUGGCCUCCUCAAGGUUGAUAGUCAAGAAAAGCAUGAAUGACCAAGAAAAGAAUUGUCUGGAUUCAAACACCAAAGCCACUAGAAAAGUAUUACCAAUAAUAAAACAGAAAAGUUCUGUGAAGGGAACAAAGAGUCUGUCUCAAAGUGGAAAUAAAAGUUUGGAGACCAUUCGCAAGGUUUUUUCCCACUCCGUUGGCUCUGGGAUCAGAAGUGCUUUGGCAAAAGUUUUCCGCAAGCCACCAUCAGGCUCACGGGGACAUAGGAGUGUAAAAUCUUUAAAUAAAACUGUAAGUCAGCUUAAUGAGAAAUCAAACAAAAACAAGACUGUGAAAGACUUUAAGCAAAAACAGGAAAAGUGCCCUAUCAAGCCGACAAUGUCUUAUGAAAAUUUGCAGCAGCUUAACUCACUGAAACCUAAGCAACAGAGACACUGGCGUAGUGCAGAAGUUCUGACAAGUACCAAACAAUGGGUUGCAGUUCAAAAAGAAACAGCUGGAUGUGUGGAACACUGUGGUUGGGAGGAUCCCAAUGGAUCUUCAGAUUGUGAUAGUAUCUUCUCAUUGGAUUCACUUUCAUCAGCUUAUGCUACUGCUCUGGCUGAGCAACUUCAGCAGGAGGAAUGUAAUUCCAGUGAUGCUGAGAGUGAAGACAGUCAGAUGUCUCGAGAUUCUCUUGUUAUGGAGAGCAGUGGAAAGCAUGUGACUGCCAGACCAAUGCUGAGGUUUAAAAAAGUUCCAAACCAUUUAACCACACCUACAAUUCUGGCUUCAUGCAGCUCUCAGGCAAUUGGCAAUAAAGAGCAGAUGAGAAUAUCCAAAGAUGUACCUGCAGAGGUUUUCUGGAGCCUUAAUAGUAGUCAGAAGUUGAAAAAUGAGACUGGCCAAGGCUUAGCUAGAGAGCCUUCACACAUCUCUUGUCUAGCAUCUGAAUCAAGGCCAUGUAGUGGUGCAAGUAUGAGAGAGACAGAGAAUCUACUUGCUCUCACUGAUGCUUGGUCAUCUACUGAUGCAGCUGACAGUCCCAGAAUCAUGAGGGCUUCAGGACACUUGAUCAAACAGGAUCCACGCACACUAAUAGAGAACAGUAGAUGUCAAAGCUCUACAAGCCUGGAUCUAUCUGACAACAUGAAUGCCUCAGAAAGCCAGAGCUCACCUCGUUCUGACUCCACUCAGGAUGGAAAUACAACACUUGAAGAACAAAAUGAUACAUCUAUUGAAAAUACCCUAUUGUUAGAGAGUGAUCUCAGUUUUAUCCCAGAGCAGGAGAUUUAUUUUAAGGAACUGACUACCAAUGCAGAACCAUGUACAACUCACACAGCCUGCGACUCUACAGACUCUUCAGAUGGGCUAGCAGUCCCAAACACCCCAACCACUAAUUAUGAACCACUGAAUCCCACUGUGACUGAAGCAUUGCUGAGCAACUCUUUUUCCAAAGAUGGUGAUGUCUCAAUAAAUACCACUUGCUUCCCAGUUAACUCUAGUAGGGAAGAUUUACACUUAAGAGAAGAGCCAUCAUCAUCCCCAGUGUACCCUGAGGAUUGUUCUAUAAAGUCUGACUCAGACCUGACAUCAGGUUAUCAGGUUUCAACAUGUGACAGUGCUGGAGAUCCAGCAACACAGAUUAUAAAUGAAUCACACAAAAAUGCAAGAAAUGCCAAUGGCCAAACCAUUGAACACUGUCAUGAAGAAAAUAAGUACUUCUAUACAAAACAGUGCACAGAAUUGGCUUGCAGAACAGAUACCAAAGAUUAUGCAUUGACAAUUAAACAAUCAGACAAGUGUGGCAGAAUUGUUAAUAGAUUUGGCAGAAAUGGCAAACACUUUGGUGUACAGUUGGAGAAUGAGCAAGUUAUUGGAGCAUGCGAAAUGAACGACCCUCAUACAGGCUUUAUGGGAAAUAUUAAGGUUCCAAAUAAAAGUUAUGAAUAUGUUUCAGACACAGAGACUUCACUUUUAUCUGCUUGUUCGACAAGCAAUGCAGAAUCUGUAAAAAAUGUAUCUUUUUUGAAAAACUGGCUAACACCCAAUAUGAUGGAAAACACUGAUCAAGAUAAAGAAGGCAAAAAAAAUAAAAAUGCACUAUUAGCCAGUGACGAUCAUAAGACUUUAAUCAGCAAAGAUCAUGUCAAUACUUUUAGAAAUGACUGUAGUGUAUGCGACAAUGGGCUAACACAAACAAAUUGUACUAGCCUGAAAUGCUCUAGGAGUCCAGAGAUUAAAAAUAUUAUACACCACAUUAAAGAGGACAGAAAAGAUGCAGGCCAGAUUGUGGAAAGAAAGGCCAAUAACCGAUAUUUUCAGAUGAGUGACUCUGCAAUUAAUGACAAAAUAUCAGAGGUAGUGAAAGAACAUUUUAUGAUGUCCCUAAGAGAAGACUACAGAGAAGAUCAAGAGCCAAUCACAAAGAAAGAAAAUACUUCUUCAGUUAAACUGGAUAAUUUAAAGUCCAAAACAAACAAAAAUGGAUUUAAUUCUGAGAGUACUCAGGCUGGACAUGGUGAGAGGAAUAGUUCCCACAUUUUCUUGUGUAAGUCAAAAUCAGAUAUUUAUACAGACAACUCCUCUUUGCACUUGGAUAAUGCCAACGCACAAACAGAAUCAAGACGUUCUUUGACUGUAAAGGAUCAAACUGUCUUGAACUCCAGUGAUACAGAAGAGCAUACUGCAAGGAAGAAAGAGAAGAAAGUUGAACAAGAAAGUAUAAAAUGUGGAUAUGUCAGUGAUGACAUGGAUUCAGUACUAUACUGUACUAUAGAGGAACAGAGUACAAAUCAAGAAAAAACAAGUGAAUCAGUGUUGUCAUGUAUCAAAGAAACUAUUAUCGAUGUGAAUACAUCAAGAGAGAACAUUAUUGUCUGCACCCAACUAAGAAAGGAUUAUACUGAUGCUUCAAAUCCUGUUCAAAGGAAAGAUUGCAUCAGUGAAGGGGAUUUAGAGGGUAGUAAAGACGCAAAAACACUGCUUCCCUGCAUGUCUGCACAAGAUACUUUGUCUCUUAACCUGACAAAUGGGUUGGAGAAAGUUCAGAAAGUAAAUCAGCGCUUGUACCAGAAUGCACAGGUAGUUGACAACAAAACAAAACUAAAUGAAAGUGCACUGAUCUCUAAGGAAAGGCACUAUUGUGACGAUAAACCACUAACCAAUGGACAUACAAGACUUUUUAAUGGAAAUUUAUGCUCUCCAAGUGAAAAUUGUCUUAUGAAGGUCUCAACUCCAGUGAAGUCCGGUAAAUGCAGCAUUCCUCAGGUGUCAUUGUCCUCUGAAGCAACACUGAAACAUCCAGUCUCAGAUAUACACUCUGAAAAUGCAGCUGAUAUUUUUCAGCAAACCACGGAGGCAAUAAAAAAUAAAAUGACAUGUUCAUAUAACUCUUUAGUAUCCAGUAUGGAAGAUUACCGCACAAUGGUGGAUGGCAAUGACCCAACUACUGAAGCCCGGUCGUUAAGCAAUCUUGCAUUUUAUGAAUUUAGUCCAGGAAAUCUUGGAAAACAUAAUGGUUAUGUUAGCCAAGAUAAAACUUCUACUAAACAUUCCUUGGAAACUGCCACUAUCAGUAGUAAUUUUGAUAUAGACAAAGAAAGACCUGUGGAGCACAUGCUCAAUAUUUACACUGAAGAUUUAAGAAAAGAUGCCACCAUUUCAGAUCUAAGCCAGGCAACAUUCUAUGAUACUGGAAAAAUCAAUAAGGAUCUACAAUCAGAGAAUCAGUCAGUCUACACAAGUAAUCAAAGAGAAAUGGUGGUUGCAUAUCAGUUUAAUGAUAACCAACAACUGAAAAAUCCAGAACCAAUGCCUAAGAAUUACCAGUUAACCUGUAUGCAAAAAAGAGAGCAUGGUAAAUCUGUUGAGGUAUAUCAAAACAACAAUGCAAAAGAAACUCACUGCAGUCAAAAUACAAAGGAAUAUUCUAAUAACACAUGCAAAUCUACAGACAAAGCAGAAAAGGUCACAGCACUAAAUGCUACAAAACAUUUUAUUACCAAUGUUCAUGAUGACAGACGGAAAGGAAAACAAAAGCGAUACAGAAAGGCCCACUUUAUUGCACCUCCAAGUUCAUCCACUGAUUCUGCACCCGAUUUAUCUUUGGAUGAAUGCACCACAUCUAAAUGCAGUGCGUCUCGUUCCAAACCUGCGUCUCAGGCAAACCUGCUUCAUAUCACUCAGAAUGCUCUUGGCAAAUACAAAGGUUCUCCACUUGAACAAACCAUUCCUUCAUCUUCUGCAAUUGAAGCAAAAUCAGCACAGAGAGACACCCAGCAGCCUAGAGAGAUACUUACCAUACAUAGUGAAGCUGAGAUUGAGACAAUUGCAUGUCAACAAGAUCAUGGUUCUACUGAAGAAAUGCAAAAGAUAAGGAUAACGGAAACAAAUAAUGAUAAAGACAUUACUUCAAUGAGCGGUUCUUCUUCCAAGGAUAUUUCAGUUUGUGUGGAAGACCAUGCUCAGUCAUUUCCACAGACAAGAGAUUCUGCAAUGCAUUUUGCGUCAAGUGAUAUUAACCCAUUUAUUCAUUCAAGAACUACUGUGGCAGUUAACACAGCAGUCCACAAAAAGCAGGCCUUUGGAAGUGCUGCCAAUUUAUCCUGCAAACACUCUCCACUCAAUAGUUCCAACAAGAAUAUGACGAGGUGCUGUAGUGUAGACAAUGGCCUAAAUAUUCAGGACUCCCCUUUCAGUUCCCAUUUGAGUGCCUAUGUAAAUCAUAAAGGCCUCUCUAGCACACUGAGUAGUAAUGAAUAUUCUAGAGAUCAAAUUUCUUCACAACCUCUGCUGAAUGCAGCUUCUUAUUCCACUAGCAGUUCAAAUAAACAGACCCUAACAGCUUUGAAAUGUGACUCUUACAAUGGUGCCUCAGAAGACUUACGCCACAGUUCAGGUCAAGUUGACGAAAUAGUGCUGGUCUACUCCUCUGAGUAUGAAUCUCAGGAACAUCCGAGUCCAAGCAGGUGUGAUCAAGGCACACAAACCAUUGAGGCUAAUAAGGACCUUAAAAGGAAGAACCGUCACAGAAGAAGCAGCACCCAGACACCAGUGUCCAAAACAAGGAAUGGUGCCCCAACCACGUGGACAAGUCUGCAGAACAUGUCUGAACAUCUCUCUGACCUGAUAAACAACACUUCUGAUCUUCUGGGGAACAUACAGUGUAUGCGAACAGGGGAAACGCCACCAAAGUAUGAGCAGCCUAAACACUGUUUCCAGGUUUCAUCUGGCAGUAACUACAAGCGGGACUGUUGUACACAAACUUCACUGGACAUUGGGGUCCAGACAGAGAACUCUCCAAAGUCAACAAAUACUACAGCCCAUGAAGUAAAUGUUAUUGUUAAAGUCAUUGGCUCGGAUAAUUGUAAUGUGUCACAGCUUGAUGGUGAUGCCAAGAUUCUGAAGAAUAUAUGUGAACGUGAACAGGCUUACGAAAGGAUUAAAAGCUUACCUGAUUUACGUCCCAAAAGUUCAAAGGUGACUGAGAGUCAACCUUUUUUGAUUCCUCCCCAAAAGGUACUUUCAUUAGAGACUCUUGUGCCAAAUCAGGAUGCUCCUACUUUGGAAGAAAACACAGUAGAUCAUUUCUGUAAGAAGUCUUCAUCCAGCUUCCUUGGAGCAAAAAGCUUGCAUAUGAAGCAAGAGGAGAAGCAGGCUUAUAACAGGAAUGUAGACAUAAAGAAUUUAUGCUUUAAUAAACAAAUUAUGCUUAUGGAUCGUGCAUGCUCUCCUAUCCUUACAGUGAAGGCUGCAAGAUACAUCCAGCAAAGACAAGUAAAAAGCCAGGCUUCAACAAACCAUAAAACUGAGGGACAAGAGAAUCAGUACUCAAAUGUAUACAACGUGCCACUGAAAGGUCAUAAAUUCUCCAACCAUGAAAAUAAGGUUCUAGAUAAUGAGGACGUUUGUAUCCUUCACAGUAAAAAUGCAAAGACACCAUCUACAUCAGUGUCAUCUGUGACCUAUGAAAACCUAAGUGACAUUAGUUGUCCAAAUCUAGGUGGAUCUGACGACUUCUCAAAUAGUAUCAGUCCCUGCAGCAAGUGCAUGAAAAAUGAGAGGAAUGACUAUUGUCAUGAAGUUGAAAACAGGGUAAUGAGCAAACCCACUAUUAUACGUUCCCCAUCUCAGCCACAAAGAAUGUCCCUCUCUCCUCCUGGUGUCCAACUUGCAUCCUUUUCAGAUAACAUCAGACAAUCUAAAAUGGAAGCUCUAGAAAGACCUAAUUUGUCAAUUGAGAAUAGUCAUUUGAGUCCCAGAUCUUCAGAGUAUAUAAUAAAGAGUUGGGCUCAUUCAAAACAAAGCACUGUGCAACAGCAGGAAGAUGACGUGAUGUCUCUGGUGCCAAGCGAGUGCAACACAGAUGUUCUGGUCAGCAUCAAUCCUCUGGCAGAAACCAGUAUGCUCAAAGAUCAACAGUGGAUCCCUGAUGAUCUGCCCAUGCACAAUAAAUUUACGAACUGGUCUGGCAUUAAUCAGCGGACACCAGCGACACAUAGUAAGAUUCACAGAACAACUGGACAGCACUUCACAAAGCUUAGUUACUGGCAAGAACCAUCAGAGAAAACAGACAGGAGAGCACAAGAAAUUGAGAAGCUGAGGAAAGAACGUGAGCGGGUUUUAGCCUCUGUACAUAUGGAUCUGAGCCCUCAUCAGCUGACUGUUGAACUCACAGAGGCCAAGCUGCAUUACGGCCAAGGGGAAACAGACACUCUGCUUAAAAUUCUCAAGUCUGGUUCUAAAGAGGCGUCUUCAGCCUGUAACAAACAGGAGCUGCUUAACAGGCACAGGAAGAGCAUUGAGAGUUUGAGAAAAGACAGAGAAGCCCGUCUCCAGAUGUGCCGUCGUGCUCGGAGCCUCAGUCCUAGUAAGCAUCGGAUCCCUAUAAAUCAUGAGGACCAAUCUAAAAGAGUUUCAGACCUGCCAAGCAGACGUAGGGAAUAUCUGCAGCAGCUCAGACAAGAAAUUGUCGAAACCAGCAGAGUUCCUGAUCCGCCAAAAAGGGAGGGUCAAUGUCCAUCUGACAUCGAGCUUCUAUUGCGUGACUACAGCCGAGCACGAGAAGAGGCAAGAGCCGAGAUUGCACGAGCACGAGACCGACUCCGUGAGAGGACCGAACAGGAGAAGAGACGACUACAGCAGCAAGCUCUCUCGCAGGCAGUGAAGGACGACCUGCGGUUUCGCACACGCAUGAGUAACAGUACUUUAUGCAGUGGUUCGAACCUGAGUCUUUCCUCGGGGCCCACUUCAGGGUACAAUAGCAGCAAUGCUGCCAUACUGAAAGACAUGACCUCACCAUUAAUACAGGUAAACGGAGUCUCAGAAUUCAAAGUAAGAACUCGACCUCCAGUGAUCCCGUUGCAGACUUCAAAAGCUCAGCGUAGAUGGCUGUCAGUCCAGGAUGUCAGCCUGGAGACAUCUGUCACUGGAUAUGAGUCGUCAUCCACUCCAUCAUCUCCUCCCUUUGCUCGACAGCGCACUCUCUCCUUUGGCUCUCCUUCAUCUAUAUCUACUUCAUAUCAGGAUAUUGCAGACUGUACUCUUGCCAGUGCUAUUUCAGAAGUGUAUUUGGCCUCUGGUGGUGACGCGAGGAGUCUGCUGGCAGGGAAGGCAGCUGCUGGUUGGAGGCAUCAAGGUGCGGAGAGAGGCGUUCAAGUCUUUCACAAGGCUGCUUCCAGACCCUCAGCUCAUGGGUUUCUUGGAGCAGUUGAGCUGGAGAGACCUUUGGCCAGCCUGUGGUCUAUAGUUCGGGAUCACUCAAAGACUCACCUCUACCACGAGUCUAUUAAAUCUGCCUGGACACGACCGCUGGACGACAGCACGCAACUAGUCUAUCUUUUGACGGACGUAUCCAACUGCCAGCUUAAACAGCCGCGGGACUUCUGCUGCCUCAGUACAGAAUCCAAACAGGAUGAUAUGUGGGUGCUGGCCAUGCAGUCUGUAUUCGAGGAGACGCUACCACGACCCAGGGUGGAUACUAUACGUGGUGAGAUUCUCCCCAGCGCUUGGAUCCUUCAACCCAGCCAGCGUAAUGGUCGAGAGGUUGUCACUGUCAUCUACUUGUUACAAGUGGAUUUGGGAAGCCCUUCCUUGGCUCCUAGACUGCUGAAGACGGUUUCUAGGAAGCAAGCAGCUGUCAUAGCAGACCUCGAUUCUUUCUUCUCUUUAUGACAAAUCAGGUUACGGACGUAGCAACAAGCACUUACACUAAAGCCCUGAAGGUUUUUGCUAAGAUUUGCACCUCACGUUCUCGCUCUUUACUUGAUUCUUUUUCACAUAGCACUGAUGUACGAUUAUAUUGUGUAACGCGUUAUCUUGCCUUAUUUAAUUUUGUCUUAAUCGUUGUCAUUGAAUAACUUUUGCCCCCAUGUGCCAAAGUAUUAAUUAUUGUUUUAAUUAUGGUUAUAAUUACUUUAAUCAAAGUAAAAUCCCAAAGCUUUUUUCCAUGUAUCUAUAUAGUUAUCACUCGAUUACGAAUUGAUAUAGACUAAACUAUGCAUAGCAAGGAGGGAUAUUCAUAUAAAAACAAUCAACUGCGUUACAGUAUUUUUUAAAUGCAUAGCAUUGUCUUACACUACUAUCAGAAAGAACUAGUAUGUAAAACUUGAACUUGAACAUCAGCUGUAGAAACUUUUUUUCAACUUUAUUCUGUAAUAGCCAGUACAGUGCCUUUCAUAAAUACGUCCAGUUCCUUUCUUUUUUGCUGGUGGUAUAGUUUUUUUUCAAUCAUUUUCAUUUUUGUUUGUUUUUACGACAAGUUCUAUAUUGGCUGAAAUGGGAUAGAUUGGCCGUCAUAAGACUGUUAUUAUUGAUAUUGACAUUUUCAGUAUUGUCAUUUUUAUUUUUAUAAAACGUGCAUGCGAAAUGUUCUUUUUAAAUUUCUUUGCAAUGAAAUGCGAACAAAAGUGAAUCGUUUUUAACAUGAACUGCUUAACUUCCUACAGCGUAUAGGUAAUAUACAUAUUUGGAUUUGCAUUAAAGCCAUAGCAUUUUGACAAGGCGAUCAAGAGAGCCUUUGCUCAAGCACUGUAGGAUGAUACAACACCAGUGGUUUUAUCUAGCUAAAAUGUAAACGACAAAAAAAAAUGAAGAAUUUCUUUUUUAUUAUUAUAUCACAUUGUUUUAAUAUACUGUUAUUGUCUUCUAUAAUAUGUAAGCUAUUAUCUAAAUGCAAAAUAAUUUAUGUUUUAAAAUGUUCUUUAUUUUUACAGUUUCUUUUAUGUUUCUUCGGAAGAGCUUCCAAAAUCUUAAUGACUUAAUUUAUGAACCAGAACAUAUUUUUAUUAAAUACAUUUUUCAUACGUUU